AUGUCCUCUUAAAUAAUAAGAAUUUAGCAUGUAAGUAAUUUUAUUGUGUGUACGGCAUCCAUCACCAUCAUUCUUUGCAAUGUACAAACCAGUCAGUCGAUUACAAGUCAUAUUAUAACUAAUAAUACAUUAAGAGGAUGUUACACAGGCAUUUGUUAUCUCUGUAUUACUAACGUACAACAUACCAAAUUGUAUAUUCACAAUAAUACAUUUUACUCUGUAUUUUUUAAUUAUUUUGUUAAACUUUUAUUUUUUACCCAUUUUUGAUUCUGGAAAUGUUGGUACCUAUAUCAUAUUUCUUUUGUUUAAGUUCUUAAUCCUAAUCUGAAAUAAGAACAAAAUAUAUUCCUUUUCUCCUUUUAUCCAUUUCUUUCUUGUUAUACUUAAUAGAAGGUCGUAAUGAAAUGGCGUAUAUCGAUGCUGACAGCCUAACAUCUUGUGGUAUUGCUAUACCUAACCCAAAAAAGAUAUUAAUUGCUAAUAAGGAACACAGACCAAGUUUAUUUGCAAAUGUUAUAGAUGAAAGUAAGUUAUAAAUUACUAAAAAAAUUAUUUAACAAUUAUUUCAUCACAAUAUUUUAUUUUUACACAUUCAAAAGACAAUUUAGCCACUAGGUACAGACCUUGCUGAAUCUAUAGACAAGCAUAUUUUAUGGCUUGGUUUUCAUUUAGUAUUGGUAGAUAUAUUUUUAAAUUAUGUUGCCUGUGGCAAAUUAUUUAUUCCAGUGGAUUUAUUAUGUUCUGAACUCCGUUAAAUAUAAACUACACGCAUUAUUAACAGACAUUUUGGUGGUUUGUACCAAAUAUAAAAUACCAAUCUAAAAUCAUAUCAAAAAAUUAUAAUAAAAAAUGUCUAUGUGAGCCUGUUUAAAAUGUGAAUUUCUGAAAUUCCUUUAUAAGUGCACCCUUCUACAGUAGUACAAAAAUACCAUGCAAAUUUCUAUUCUAGCUAUCAUAGUUUUGAUUAAUUAGUUAGAACUCAUGUCGUCUAGGACAUCUUAUUUUCCUAUUAACCUAUACAUAUUAUUAUACUGUUUGUUUGUGAAAGCUCUCCUCAUUUAAUCCAUUACCUACUAUCGUCUAUACUCUCUUGCAUAUAUUCCUUGUCCUUGCAUUUUCCUAUCUUUGUUAAAUUUAAUAGCAAGUCAAGAGGAAACAAGGUUGAAUUUCUGUGGUAUUGGAGUUCCAGGACCAAGCACAGAAGUUACUGUCAAUGAUUCGAAUGCAAAUAAAAAUGAUUCUAACGAAAAAGAAUAUUUAAAAUUUGUAUGGAGUAGGUCUUCAAUUAAAUGUCUGAUGAGUACCUAUGUUGAAUUUGAAAAAAAAUUUGAUGACAGUAAAAGUACAAAAAUUCAAAUAUGGAACGAUAUUAGUGCUGAACUUAACAAAUUUGGAUUUUCUGUAACAGGUGAAAUGUGUCAGCGCAAAUGGAGGACACAUACCACAACGUAUAAAAAUAUUAAAGAAAAAAACUCAAAAACUGGUCGUGGACGAGAUUCAUGGGAAUAUUUUGAUGAAAUGGAGUCUAUUUUUUCUAAGGAUCCUAGUUAUACUCCAUUAGCCACUAUAUCUUGUGGCGUUAAGUCCGUAGAACGCCACAUUGACUCUUCAUUGUAUGCAACAGCUACUGGAGCAAGCACAAACAUAAUGCCACCAAAAUCACCUGAUGAACCAUUAGCUAAAAAACAGAAAACAAAUAAAAAAAAAGUAGUUAGUGAUCACCUUGAAAAAAUAGCUAGUCACAUGGCUGACUUUAAUGAAAUUUUCAGAAAUUUAGUUCAAUCUGAAUCUGAAAAAAAUGCUCUGCUUAAACAAUUAUUAGAUAAGUAAUUUUAAAAUCACUAUUUAACUAUUAAUAUUUCUAUUUACAUAAUUUUUACUUUGUAUGUAUCUUUAUAUUCUACACCUUGUUGCUAUUAGAAAUUAGUUUAGUCUUCUUCCACUUGGCUUGAUCAUUAAUAUUUUUCUUCUUAAUUAUAUUCAUUAAAAAUUUCAGAAGCUCUUUAAACUUAAAAUAAACUGAGUAUGAAAUAUAAUAAAAAAUAAAGCCAGUUUUCUUUACAUAAUCUUAUUCAGUUUAUAAAACAUUUUUAAAAAAUAAAAAACCACUUUAUUAAGUUAAUUCAAUCAAAGUUUAUACAUUUUCC